AUGGACGAAAGUGUCAAAUUUUUUUACUCUUAGAAAAUUUUCCAAAGAAAAUAUUUCCCAUUUUAUGGGUGGAAAUAGGGCGUAAAGUGGACAAAAGGUGGGCGAAAAGGUGCACAAGUGUACGGAAAUUGCAAAUACGGCGAGGAAGAAGGAAAAAUUCUCCGAGGAAGAGGAAUUUUCGCGAGUGGUGAGGUGUUUUGUGUUGAGUUGGAGCUCAUCCGGAAGUGUCGUCGUGCCAUCCGUGAGACAAUGAAUGUGCCCUUCGGGGAGUGAGCGAAGUAACCCUGGCUGACACAAUGAGCUGGUUCGACACGGCUGGUCUGGCCAAUUUGGCCAAGACGGCCCUGAAGGAGGCCCAGAAGCAAAUCGACAAAGCCCUCGAUAUAAAGGAUGACGAGGGCAAGUCGGAUGCCGCUGCGGGGGACAAGGGGAAGGCUGAGAGUAAAUCCUCACCCGUGAGAGUGAGUGAGAAGGCACGGAAAAGUGAGGUGGUGAGCAAAACAGCCCCCACGACACCAUCUGUGGGCAACAUAAAGGAUUCUCCGAGUUUCUGGGGUUCAUUCAGUGGAUCUUUCUUCGAUGCCCCACGCCCUGAGGUGCAGGAAACAGUCACAACUCCACCCACGAGUAGCCACAAGUUCCCACUGAGGGAAGAUGGGAAUUCUGAGAGUGAAAUUGCUGGCUGUAGCUCGGAAUCUGUUGACCUCAUUAGUUCCCCGGGGUCUGGCAUAACGUCCCCCAUUCAAUCGGCUGGCAAUACAAUGCUGCAAUCGGAUUCUGUGGAGAUUCUGGGCAUGGAGACCCCCAGUGAGACAUCAUCGAUCUUUGUCGUGGCAUCGAAUGUUACAACGCCUGGGUCAGAAAUCCGGGAAUGUGGGCUGAAGGUGCCCGUGGAUGAGAGCGAAGAGGAGGUGAGUGUGGAUGAGGAUUCCAUGUCCUACAACACCGUAUCCGACAGUCUGGCCGUCACUGUGCUGGAACCUGCGGAUAAAACUGAUGCUGCCAUCAUCACAGUCCCACCUAGUCGCCAGAGCUUCCAUCUCAGCCUCUCAUCUACGAGUAGCAAGCUCAUGGUGUCCGAGGGAAGCACCUGCGACACCGAGGACUCCAAUGAGUCCGAACAGACAAUCACACUGGGUGAGGAGAAGGCAGGCGCUCAGCUGUCGAGCGCCCUGGAGGAGGCUGCCAUUGAGAAUUUCGAGAUGCAAACGGAAUUCAGUGAUUCCACGCAGAGUUUCGAGGAGGUGCAGCCAAUGGGGGCUUCGGUGAUGCAGAAGAGCACCCCGGAAGUCGUGAGGAAGUCCUCAUCGCGCCAAUCAUCCAACAGUUCCGAUGGGAAGAGUGAUCUGGUUAAGGUGGCAUCGGAUCAGAUGUCCGGGCACACCUCUGGGGAUGAAGUGGAGACAACCACAUCGUCUGACAUUGAGAUCAUUUCCAAUCCAAAUGGGGAUUCAAGCAGCACAAACAGUGUCUACCGCGCUAGCCCCCUCAAGGAUACAGGUGUGAAGUAUCACGCGGAUUUUGUGGGUGUGAAGAUCAAGGGGCACUGCAGGGAAGCUUCAGCUGCUUCCUCCCAGAGCUUGGGCAGUGAUGAGCUGAGCAACCCAUCGGAAGUGGAUAAAUUGCAACGACGCGUGAGUGAAUUGAGUGAAUUGCUGGAGAAGCGGGAAUACAAACUCGUUGAGCUGGGACGACAGAAUGCAGAGCUGCAGGAGAAGAAUGCCGAGAUCCUGGCACAGGCCAGUAUGCGUCACAUCCGCUCAGACAGUGUGGACAUUACGAAUGUCACGGAGGAGUACACGCAGCGCUUAUCGGCGCUUGAGAAGAAAUUCCAGCAAUCAAUCCGGGAGCGUGACACAUUGAGGGAUCAAGUGAAGAGCCUCCGACAGGAUUUUGCCAGCUGCAUCCCCCGAGCUGAUGCCGAGAAGAUGAUCAGUGAGAAGGAAGCCAUCGCUGAAGAGCUAAAGGCUGAAGGGGAGAAACUUUCCCGGCAAAUUCUGCAGCAUUCCAACAUAACGAAGAAACUCCGUGCGAAGGAGAAGGAAAUGGAUGAGGUGGUGAAGAAUCAAAAGGAACAAAUUGAGGAGCAUCAGGAAGAGUUGGAGCGUCUCAAGAAAUCCCUUUCGGCAAAGGAAGAAGUUGAACGAUCGCAAAUUGAGGCAGUUCAUAGGCUUUCGUCGGAGAAGAGGAAGCUUGAGAAGGAGAAUGGGCAGCUCCGCAGUGAACUGGAUGACACCACGCAGAAACUGAAGACAGUCCAGACAUCCCUGGAGGCGGCAAAGGCAGAACUGCUCGAGAAGAGGAAUGCCUUUGCGGAGUUGAAGCGAAAAACUGAAAGUCUGGAAGCACUCACGUCGGAGAAGCAGCUCCAGCAAACACAGAACGUGCAGAUGGUGCGUGAACUGGAGGAUUUACGAGAGAAACUCCGCCUAGCUGACACGGCCAACACAGUGCGUGAGCAGAAGCUGCGUGAGGAGAACACGGAUCUUCUGCGACGUCUCGAAGAAUCCGAUCGAAGAGCCGAAGAGCAGGCACAUACUCUCUCCACGGCCACCAUUCCACUCGUGAAGCAGCUGGAUUCGCUCCAGAAGACCCUCAACACACGCACAGCCACGUGGGAGAAGCAGGAGCAGAAAUUGCUGGAAAAAGUCGAAGCUUUGCAGAACAUUGAGACAACGGCAGUGGAAGAGACGACAAAACUCCGGGCACUCGUGAAGAGCUUGGAGGAGCAGCUGGAUGUGAGUCUCCGGGAGUCCAGUAGAGUCAGCACAAAGCUCGAAGAGAAAGAAAUUGCCAAUACCCUGCAGGUGAGUGAACUGAUGCGAAGAGUUCAGAGUGCGGAGAAGGACGUUGAAUCCCUCAGGGAGACAAAUAGUAUCCUGGAGAGGCAAUUGCAGACGGAGAAGGAGAAUCUUCAGGUGGAGAAGCGUCGUGUGAAUCGUUUGAUGCAGGAAUUGCAGACGAAACAGCUGAAGGAGGACCUUCCGGAGGCAGAUGCAUCAGCAACACGUCAGGAUUUCGGUGGUCAGGCAUCACCGGCACUCAGUAUUGAACGUGUGUCCAUUGAUGAGUCUGUCUGCAGCAAUACGUGGCAAUUUCAGGAGGAUGUUGAGUGUAUGUCCAACACGGGACGUCCUUCCGGGGGUUCCUUCUACGGGGGCGGUGUCUACGCCCUCGGGGGGCAUACGUCCGUCCUGGAAAAUCUCCAAUCAACCCUAAAACAGCGAGAUGGGGAACUGUAUCAGCUGCAAUGGGAGCUGUCGCGAUUGCAGACGGAGAAGAGUGAGCUGAUUAAUGAAAUCUCCGAUAUGACCAAUCAAAUUGAGACGAUGGAGACACAAUUGGACACAACACGAUCAAUGGAGGAGAAGUUUGCAGAAUUGCAAACACAGUACGAUGCUCUGUUGGAGAUGUAUGGGGAGAAGGAGGAGGAAGCCCAGGAACUCAGGCUGGACCUGCAGGAUGUGAAGGAGAUGUAUAAAGUGCAGAUUAAUGAUCUUCUUAGGCAACAGAAGGGUUCAUCUUAAAUUGAUUUUCUUUUAUGUUUUGUUUUCUUAUUGUUUUUCAAACACACACAUUUUUUAUUAGUCUUUUAGUGGUGGCGAGGACACGAAGAGUCCUUAUUGCGCGAGUCAUUGUGAUCAAUAUUGCUAAACUAUUCAAAAAAAGAAAAUUGUAUUGAUUAUUAUAGAAAAAACUAUUCUAGUGAAUAAAUUGUUAUUAAAGGAA